UCAUGACCAUUGAUCAAUGAACACGGAUCAAUGGCCAUGAGUACCAUUCACAGAGAGUUGGGGAAUGGCUGCAAUCACUGCAUUGUAAGUCGGUGAAAGCUGUACCCUUAGGCCCCCUCCUCAAUUCAGAGAUGGUCUCUAACUUUUCACGUCAAUGGACUCGUUGACUCCCAGAUCAAACCAGCGUUCAUCCCUGUCCAGGUUUCCUUACCAGGAUGAUGGAGCAUUCUACAGUCUGAAGACUGAAGGAUUGGAAAAGUGUUUCCCCCACUGAAAACACACCUCUAGAAGAACACAAUAAACUUUUGGGAAUUUUCUUACCAGCACCCAUCAAGAUUCUUAGGUGACAUCUGAAACUAAAAGGUUAACACACAAAGACUGGAGGCCAUUGAUAGCAGCUGAUGGAGUGUUUUUCAGUGGUGAGUAAUACUAUAAAGUCUUUUUUGUGUCCAAGUAAUUAAUGUAUUUAAAGCUAUAAAAGAAACCCAUUAUAUAUUUUGAAAGCAGUCAUUGAGAAAAGGUACCACUUGUACUACUUAAGCUGCUUUUCUUCUUUUGUCCCGUCAGUUUCUGUUUUUUAACAUGUACAGAUUUUCCCACGUUGCUAAAUUAACCCUCUCAGGCUCAAAUUAAGUUUUAGGUACAGGAAAAAUCUGAUAUUUGGGGAAAAUUAUCAAAAAACCCCCAAAACUCAUAAAAUAUGUAUGUGGGGUAAUCAGGUUGUUAGUUUUUAACUGUUGCAAAUCGGCAACGCCUGCCUCGAGAGGGUUAACUGUUCUUUCCUCUUUCAGUGUGAAUACCUGCAUGUGAUAUUUGGAAAUGACUGCAAGUAACCACCACUGUCUGAGUGACGAGUUAAUUUGCAUUUCCUCUUUCUGUUUCAGUCUGUGUGGUCAUCGUCUGGGUGUUCUCAACAAGAAAGACACAUAACAGGAGAGCAUAGAGGCAGAGAGGCAGGCAGACACAGACAGAGCUACAGAGCAGAUCACAAACAGGAGGUUAGUGCAGAGGCAGCUGAAAGGAUAUCAAAAGGAGUAAACAGUUUGUUGAAGGUGGAUAUGGCCAGGUUAGAUGUCACAGAGAUGUUUCAUGGCAUUUCGUUUCCCGGACACCUGCACACUCAGGAUUCCUUGAAAUAUGCUGUCAGCUUUCCAUUUGGGGAUACGGAUAUCCUCAUAGUGUCUUAUCCAAAGUCAGGUACCACAUGGAUACAGGAAGUUGUGAGUCUCAUACACACCAGAGGGAACCCAGGGUUGUCCCAGACUGUUGAAAACUGGAAAAGAGCUCCAUGGUUGGAGCAUUAUUAUAGCUCUGCUCUACUGGAGGCCUCGCCUACUACAGCUCGAGUCAUCACUACACACUUGCCUCAUCACCUGCUGGGCCCUGCCCUCCAGCACUCCAAAACCAAGGUCAUCUAUGUGAGCAGAAAUCCCAAAGAUGUGGUCGUGUCCUUUUACCACUUCCACAAAAUGGCCAACUUCCUCCCUGAGCCUCAUUCAUUUCCAGAGUUUUUGGACCGAUUCCUGGAGGGAACAGUGUCUUUCGGUUCCUGGUUUGACCACAUUAAAGGCUGGACCAGUCAGAUUAAUAGCAACCUGCUUCACGUCACCUAUGAAGAAAUGUCGCUGGACCUGCACAGCACCAUAAAGAAAAUAAGCUCCUUCCUUCAGUGUCCCCUGGUGGAGGACGAGGUCAACAACUGCGUGAAACACUGCAGCUUCAGCAGCAUGAAGGAAAACAAGAUGAUCAACUACACUCUCGUCCCUCAGGAAAUAAUGGACCACAGCAAGGGCUCCUUCAUGAGAAAAGGUAAAGUGGGAGACUGGAAAAACAUGUUCACAGAGGAGGACAAUAGAAAAUUUGAAACUGUCUUUACCUCACAGAUGAUGGAGAACUGCACUUUAGAGUUUGUGUGGGAGUAGUGGGACAAAAAAAAGAAGUCCUACAGACCACGAGAGUAUAGAUCACAUCAACUGAUCCCUUUCAAACUAGUUAAUCCUUUAUGUGUGGAUUACAGUAUAUGUUAACCCCUCACUUGUUUUGUGAUAAUUAUGUUUUGAAUUCUUUAAUUAUGUUGUUCAUGUGAAACUUACAGUGAGGCUUUUGAGGUUGUCUUCUUCUUCUUCUUCUUUUUCUCCUUUUUAAGUUAUAAAUAGAGCUUAAUAAAGCUUAUAUGCUUGAAUGUGUCA